AUGAGCGCAAGACACGACCCACGACCGUCAUCAACAUCUCACAACGCGACAACCAACCUCUCCUCUCCACCAAAUGUAAUGGCCUCCUCGACCAAACCUCCGCCCAUAGAGGCAAUCAAACCCAUGACUUCCAUCUCCGCCUCAUCCCCUCGUCUCAUCCCCACGGCGCUCGCACUCCCCCCAAAAUGGCUCAACAUGUACUCCUCCUUCAUAACCGCAAAUCAAUCCUCCGUCACCCAGAUUGAAUCCGCAUUACGCUCCCUGACCUACAUAAUCCCCGGUCGAUUCAGGGAUGCGGAACUAGCCUCUGAGUCUCUACAUUCAUCCAUUCAACUCCUCUCCAUGUACCACGACACAUUACUCACCCGCGCAAUCUCGAAACUGCCGGGUAUGCCUAACGCCAGUUUGCAUAACCGCUAUACGAAGUUUUGGAUUGGCAAGAGCAGGUUUUAUAGGCGGAUUGCGACGAUGUUAACUAUGAUUCAGUAUACGGAGUUGUUAUGGGAGAUGAUGGCGAAGCGGAAGGGGGAGCGGGUGAGGUGGCGUAUCAUAGUCGUUUUGGAGCUCGUGAAGGCGGUAUGCCGGCUCUGUUUAUUAUGGAUUACAAAUUUGAGGCCGCUGGUUACGCCAGCUUUGCCGGAGAGGGAGGUUAUUCCUGAGGAAGAGGCGCCGACGGAAGAAGAAGAGAUCGAGAUGGAAGAAGAGGUUAGGCCGAGGGUUAAGGAGUAUAAGAUGAAGAGGACGGGACUGAGCCUGCCAACACUGCCAAAUCCGAGUGAUAUCUCGAGCUAUUUACUCUCGAAAGUACUUACGGCGGAUGAUAUCAAAGCGCCAAAUACUCUGCUCAAUAAGGUUAAUGGGUCGGCGCAGUUUGCGGAGAUACUACAUAUUAUACAGCCGGUUAUCUAUGCGAUAGCGAUGUCGAGGAGUAAGGAUAAGAAGAACUGGCAGCCGUGGCUAUUGGGACUCAGUAUUGAGUAUGCGGCGAGACAGCUAAGGAAAGAUGGACUAAGGACAACGGCAUUAGAAAGGGAUCAGUGGGGUAAACGGGGCUGGUCGAUGGGAUGGUGGGCUAUGCGUGGAGCAUUUUACGAGAAUAUUACAAAGGGGUUCCUGCAGAGUACAUCGGAGAGGCUGCCUUCGUUGGUUUCUGGUGUUUUGGACGAUUACAAAUACCUGUGGGAUGAAUAUUAUUUCAGUACCAGCUCAAAUUGA